GCACCUUCUUCGCCGGCUUCGACAGCCACACCUGGCUCACCAUCGGCCUGCAGUCCCUGGUGGGCCUGCUGGUGUCUCGCCUGCUGAAGCACACGGACUCGGUCAUGAAGACCAUCGCCACCUGCCUGCGCGGCCCGGUGGUGGUCAUGGGCGGUGGCGGCUCUCCCCCAUCUUCACGCACAUCAGCAGCUCCGCGGCCUCCUGCCUGUCCGCGCUCAUUGUUGCCGCCGGCUGCUUCACCUACCUGA